CAGCUUACCCCAUAGGUUGGUCUCACUCUUUUUCUGUCCCUCUCACAUUAGUCCUGCCUGUGUCUCCAACGUUGACCAGUUACUGACAGCUCUCCUCUCAGAACUUCUUUUUUCAGUCUUAACUGAUCAAACAAGUAUUGCACUGGACCAAAAGACACCCUGUCUUGUUGUGGUCCCAGAUUCAAAAGGCGGACACCUGCUUUUCUAAGGAUAAUUUUUGCCAGGACUUGGGAAACUUGUGUCUGGACCUCAGCUUGGAAUAUCUUCUUUGCACUGGACCUGGUCCGUUGGAUUCCAUUAUAAUCGGUGUGCAUUACCCACUGUGACCGUCUGUGUGAACCCGAGUGGGUUUGGAUUCGGGAAGUUGUGUGUGUGUGUGUGUGUGUGUGUGUGUGUGAGACAAAUAGGCCCAGAGCUGCAGUGCUGGACUCCUGCAGUGAUUCCAGGUUAGUUCCUCAUUAGUUGGCCUGGCUGUGAACAUGGCAUCGUUGAGAAGUUUGAUUCUUGCAGUGCUGCUGGCGCUGCUCUGCUCCUUCCACACCCCCCUGGCUCCCACUGCCAAGGCGCAGGAUCUGCCAUUCCGCUCCGAGCAAGGUCUGAUGGCUGAUGACGAUGAUGAUGACGAUGACGAUGAUGAUGAUGAUGAUGACGAUGAUGACGAUGAUGAUGAUGAUGAUGACGAUGAUGACGAUGAUGAUGACGACGAUGAUGAUGAUGAUGAUGAUGAUGAUGACGACGACGACGACGACGAUGACGACGACGAUGAUGAUGACGAUGAUGAUGAUGAUGAUGAUGAUGAUGAUGAUGAUGAUGAUGAUGAUGAUGAUGACGACGACGACGAUGAUGAUGAUGACGACGAUGAUGAUGAAUAUCACAAGGGCUCUGUGUGCUCAUAUUGUGAAUUCUGUGAGCACUGUGACAGCUGUGACAAAUGUCCUUGUAAAGAGGGAGACAAGUCGGAACACUGUGAUGACUGCAAGAUGUGCACUUUCUGCCAUGUGUGUCCUGUUUGCCAAACUCUUUGCCAGCCUGGAGGUUUUCUUGACGAAGUGACUGGAUCCAUCUACAAGACUGUAGCUGAUGUCUUUGAUGAUGAUGACGAUGACAACUAAACCCUAUCAUAUGUUGCCACCAUGUGGCCAAACCAAUAUGUGUCACCUUCACUUCUGAUUUUCAUUGUUAUUUUUGUCUUUUUCCUUGAGAACAUUAAAGUCUGGGCUGUGUUUGCUCACUAAUGACUGAAUAGAAAUUGUUAAACAAAUAUCUAAA